AUGAUAAAAAGUAAAGUGAUAAACGGAUUCUUUGACCCGACGUCGAAACUCAAAGGAAUUUGGACAAUAUUCACCGAGCUAUUAAGCACAAUGCAGAGCAUCAUCGCGGCUACUGUGGAUAGAUGUCCAAUUCAGCAUGAACAAAUAAAAAUAGAUCGUUUCAUCG